UCUUCCUGAGGCAUCAAGCUUGACCCCUAAAUCAUCAUGGUCCUGUUUAGGAUGAAUAUGAUUUGGAGAAAUUAUGUUUGUCAUCUGAGGCAAGGGAAGGUGCCACACAGAUGCCAGAGUGGUGCCCACCCAGUGGCCCCCCUGGGGUCAAGGAUUUUAACUGAUCCAGCCAAAGUUUUUGAGCACAACAUGUGGGAUCACAUGCAGUGGUCUAAAGAAGAAGAAGAAGAAGCCAGAAAAAAAGUAGAGGAAAACUCAGCCCCACGAGUUGCUCCAGAAGAACAAGCUAAGUUUGAAAGUGAUGCUAACAAAUACUGGGACACAUUUUACCAGACUCAUAAGAAUAAGUUUUUCAAGAAUCGUAACUGGCUGUUGAGGGAAUUUCCUGAAAUUCUUCCAGUUGAUCAAAACGCUAAAGAGAAAGUGGAAGAAUCAUCCUGGGAUCAAAUCAGAAGCAACUUCUCAAGAAUGCAGGGAACAGAAACCCAUUGUGGAGAGAGCUGUGUCUCCCCAGCCCCUGGGAACAAAGGAAGACCUGACUUUCCCAACCCAGACUUGGAAGUACACAGCGACGGGCCUGGGAAGACGGGGCACUUCCCUGGUAGCAAUGCCACUUUCCGAAUACUGGAGGUUGGCUGUGGUGCUGGAAAUAGUGUCUUUCCAAUCCUGAACACCUUGCAGAACUUUCCAGGAUCCUUUCUUUAUUGCUGUGAUUUUGCCUCUGAAGCCGUGCAGCUUGUAAAGUCACAUGCGUCCUACACUGAGGCCCGCUGCUCUGCCUUUGUUCACGAUGUGUGCGAUGACGGCCUCGCCUACCCUUUUCCGGAUGGGGUCCUGGACGCCAUUCUCCUCGUCUUUGUGCUCUCCUCCAUUCACCCUGGCAGGAUGCAAGCUGUUGUCCACCGACUCUCCAGGUUGCUGAAGCCUGGGGGAAUGCUAUUAUUUCGGGAUCAUGGACGAUACGAUAAUGCUCAGCUUCGUUUUAAAAAAGGGCGUUGUUUAUCUGAAAAUUUUUAUGUCCGAGGAGAUGGUACCAGAGCCUAUUUCUUUACAAAAGGGGAAGUCCACCGUAUGUUCUGCGAGGCUGGAUUACAUGAGAAGCAAAAUCUGGUUGAUCAUCGCUUGCAAGUGAACAGGAAAAAACAGGUGGUGAUGCACCGAGUGUGGGUUCAAGGAAAAUUCCAGAAACCACUGCACUGGACUCAAAGGGGCUGAAAGGAGCAUUUCUGCUCCUUUUUGACUGAGCUACAUGUCACGGUAAGGUAUGAAACCAGGGUGUGAUGUUGUUCAAAGGCUGCUGUCCAUAGACAGUGAGAAGAGCAUCUGUGGCCCUGCUGCUCUGUCGUCUGAGCUCUUGGGACAGUUUAAGUACACGGAGUGACUUGAAAGAAUGUCCCAACCUCUGUUUUCAGAACUUGAAAUGUAUGUUUGUUUGGUUUGGUUUUGUCUAACCAUGUUCCCUUGAAUCUUAUGACUUUGAGUUAAAUUACUGAUAUAAGGCAUAUAGUUUUGAGAAAUGCAACCUGUCCGCUUUUUAGAAGUGGAAGAGAUGAUAAUCUUCUUCAU